AUGCUAGCCAUUUGGUUCAAGGGCGAGGACUCCAAGGUGGUGCUGACGGCUAGAAAGACGGAUUUCCUUUUCCCCGUAGAUCUGCCCUUCUUGAAUCUUUCACAGUGCACGCAAGCUACCCUGGAUAAUCCGUCGGCUCUGCUAAGCCUCAUGUUGGGCUCCACAAACGGUUUUGCUACCAGGACUAAUCCUGAGAAAGUUUCUAAGGGCAUUCACACCCUCUUCGGGAAAUCGAAAACUCAGUCUUCCGACGGAAAUGUUUUGCAAACACCCUUUAUCGCUGGCAUCGGCUACAAACCUGUCAAAGUAAGAUCUCCAGUUUUUAUUCACAUCCACUCAUGCUUGCCUCCACCUACUACUCUUCGGGAACGUUUUGAAUUGAGGUUUGGUGUUCGUGUCGGAUCCACACCUGUAGAUGCUUUACUACUACCGCACUGA